AUGAAGCAAGUCAAGAAAGUAAAGGAUAAAAAUUUUAUACAUCGGGAAGUUACUGAUAAAUCCAAGGCUCGUCGAAAGAGGUAUGCGGAAAAAGGUCUUUUCAAAGAAGCCAAUGAAAAGGAAUCAGCUGUAAACAUCCAAAAGAAAUCUAAAAGUAAUAAAGAAACCUUGCCUACUCAUGUUAUUGAAGAAAACAAUGUUGAAGGAUCUAACAGCCAUGAGGAAAAUCAAGAGUUUCUUUCUGUUGUCGAUGAAGGCAACAACCAAGUUCCUUCUGUAUUUGAUGCUACAAGAGUCAUUCAUCUGGAAAGAAGAACUAUGUUAGAAGAUGAAGUUAAUCAAACAGAGCUGUUAAAUGAAGAAACUGAAUCUGAUUCAAUUCACCAAAGAACACGCAAACCUUGGAAUCAAAGAAUGAAAGAACGCUUAGAUGACUGGGAAAGCGCAAAAGAUAUUAUGUACAAGGCUUUUGUAUCAGCCAAAGCUUAUAAUGGAAAUGUGUGCAGCAUAUGCUCACAAGAUUUAAAAGUGUAUGUUAAAUGCUUGACUUGUAAAGUCACAUGUUGUGCAACUUGCGACCAAACUCUACACUGCAAUUCUCCAUUUCAUGAACGUUCGCUAUUUACUGAUGCAGUAUCAGAAAAUCUGCUGCCUACUAGUUUUAUUGACACGGAUGGAAAAGUGAUACAACAAGACGUUGCUGUUCCGUGUGUUGUUCCUGCAAAUUGCCAGAAAUGUUUAAAAACUGGAAAACUUCGUCUCCAUCCUGGAUCAGGAAAAAUCGCAGUUGUUACAAAAGAAGGACGCUUUGAUUUGAGCUAUCCGGAAUUUAAAUGUUCAGAAUGUGAAGGUGUGAUGAUAGCAGCCGAGAAUGAUUUAAUUUCAUCCGGAUGGUGGCCUGGGUCACCCAAAAACAUGAGUUACCUUUUUUCAGCAGAUUUGCUGAUCAUGUGGAACCACUUAGUUCAUAAAACACCUGGCACUUCAGAGAGAAAAUUUAUUGAAACAUUGUGUGAAAUUUCCAAGCGCUCUGGUCGGUCGGGAACGAUUUGCCGUCAAACCUUUGCCAUUUCAAAUAAAUACUACCAAUAUAUGGAGUACCUGGUUGAAGUAGAAGCAAAGCUUCGAGAGCUUUUCACCUGUAAAGCCUGUGGGAGAAGACCACUGGCCAUGCACAUCGAUGGCAUUAUGAAACUGUACCGUUGGUUGAGUUCAAAAGGGGUGGAUCAUUCUCAAUUAUUGAAUGACAUCGGUAUUGUUUCCGAUGCAGUUUUCCAAGAACACGCAGAUAAAAUAAAUCAAAUUAAACCAAAGCUGGGGAAAGUAUCAAAAGAUACAUGCGGUGGUGCAUCCUAUAAAGCGGGAAAGUCUGACUCCGUUAAUGACCGUACAGGACUAGCAGAAACAGGAAUCGUGUUCUGCACAUGUCGGCAUGGUUAUCUUUUACGAGGUGUGGAUAUGGCAAAAGGAGAGACGUACCGCCAUGUCCAUUAUCUGCACGACUAUGCAUUCAGAAGUGGAUGUGAUUUUCUUUGUUACGACGUUGUUUGUCAAUACUGGACUUUUGCGGAAGACCUUUCCAAGGCGAAUAACGAGAUCAAACCGCACACAGAGACUAUGAAACCUUUUUUAUCGCGAUGGCAUGGAAAAACACACGCCUGGUAUUGUCAGGUAAAAUUGUCUUCGUAUUAA